AGGUAUGAAACUAACAACUUUUUGAGCCAGAUCCGUACGUAAUCAGAGGUUUCAGAGGACUCGGUGGUAAAAACUCUAAGCUACACGAGUUGUCAGAUCAGGGCAUCUGACAUCAGAUGCUCUCUCCACUGACGUCAGCUCACCGCCCGGCAAUAUUUGUUUACAUUCUCGCCUAAUCGGGCGACGCUCGCCCUUCGUUCCCUUUCUUUUUCAUCCCUUCGUCACCCUUGCCACUAAUUCCAUCAUUCCACUGCGAGCUUCUUUCCAUCAUUUCUUGAAUUCAAUUUUCACCGCUCACGUCCCAUCAUCAUGGCGGUUCGUCGGUCCGCCCGCCUGCGUAAUCGCCAGGCUUCAAAUGAACCGCAGCUGCCCGAGUCACCUGCCACCGUCAACAGCAACAACAACAACAACAACAAACUCCCCUCCGUCAUGGAACGCGACGAAACCCCCGUCGACGUUCCCUCCAACCACACCACCACUACCACCCCGAAGUCCACAACCAAUGUUCUCACCCCACACAAAGCUACUCCUGCUCCCAAGCAAACCCCGUCGAAAACACCGACCAGUGCAGUCACUCGUCCAUCCCACCAAGAGAUGCAUCCCAGCAAGGUCCACCAAAGCACCACCAAGCAGGCGGACUCGGGCCUGAUCCUAGGUUUCAACCCGAUCAAGAAAGAUGCUGAAGGGAAGGUGAUGAAAGAUUCUUUGGUCGAAACUACCCCAAGCAAGACAAAGGCGUCGCCCGCUUCGACAUACUACGGCACGCCCGCCUUCGAGUUCAAGUUUUCUUCCGCCGACUCUCAGCUAAGCAAUGAAGCCAAGAAGCUCAUGGAGAGCGUACGCGAAGAUGUUGCUAGAAUCAAAGCUCAGAUGGUCCAGGAGAAGGAGAGUCAACCCGCCCAGGAUAGCAACGACCAGGCAGAAAGUCGCAGGAUCGCCGAACCAAAGGGCCAGGCUAGUCGAUUCAGCGCUGCUCAUAUGGCUGAAUUCAAGAAGAUGGAUUCAAUUGCUGGGCACGCGUCUGCCUUCCGCGCCACCCCCGGUCGCUUCCAGCCUGUCCAAAAGACCCUCAAGCGGACCAACUCCAAGGCACGGCUGGAUGAGUCCAACCAGAAUUCGCCCACCAAAUCGACGACUCAAUCGCCUGCCCCUACUACAGUUGGUGCCAAGCGCGUCAAACAUAAUAAGGGCGAUGACACCUCCAAUCGCUCCAUUCGCCGUCAGACUGUUGGUGAGAAGAGCGCUUCAAAGCCAGCCGUGACUCGCACGGGGCCCGCUAUCCGCAGUUCUUUGAUGACUCCCACUCGAGCCUCCAUGGCGCGUACUUCAUCCACCAGUCUCAAACCCCCUCGGACAAGCAUGCUCCCUCGACCAUCUCUUGCACAUUCCCCUACCAUGAAGCAGUCGACUACCCCGCGCACGCCCCGCACGGACUUCAACCCUCGAUUCAAGAGUGGCUUGCCCCAAUUAAACUUAAAGUCGAUCCUUCGCCCCCAUCAACCUUUAUUUUCGAAAGAUCCCGCGAAGAUCGCAGCAGGAACACAUGUGGCAGCCCCCGAAUUCAGUUCCAAAUUCCUAUUCGGCGCAACCCGCGAUGCUUCGGAGGAGCCUGCACUGACCCCAUCACCUAAGAAGCGCGUUGAGUUCUCCUCCAGUACUAGAUUGCAGGAUGAUGAAGCUCUGCCAUCUCCUUCUCCUUCCAAAUUUACCGCUGGCUCUCCGUCCCGGGUUGUAUCGGAUGUUGUUUAUCCCACUUUGCCGGCUCUGACACCGGAACCUGGUGCAAAGAAGUCCGAUAACGAGACUAAGUCGCCCACCAUCCGCCAUGUCCGUCAAUCAGACGCCCCUACCAACCUCUCCCUACCGGAUAUCCCCGGCGUUCCACAUGGAAUCGGCAGCAAAAAGCGACACCGCGACACCGAGGCCGCUCACGACCCUUCUCUUCCCGAUGUUCCAGGCGUGCCUCAUGGCAUCGGCAACAAGAAAAGACACCGAGAUGCAGCUGGCAGAGAUGCUGACACCGAGAAUGUGCCGCCAGCCGAUACCGCCGCAGAAAACCGCAGUGCAAAGAGAGUCAAGCUGAGCUCCCCAUCGAAGCUCUCCCCAUUCAAGUUCUCCCCAUCGAAGAUGCCAACGUCUAGCCCCACCAAGGCGCGUUCACACACUCCUCUCCGGUCGACCACAAGUGCUAGUCGAACGGGAACCCCAGCCAGCUCACGACAGAAGAGCCGUACUGCGCUGACCAUGAGCCGGCUGAACGCGCUUGCCCAGCCAAAGAACCGCUCUUAAUCGUUCCUUGUCCACCAUGACGAACCACUUGGGACUGCCACGACCAGUUAUUGCAUUUUACGAGAGUUUGGGUCGCACAUAGAUGCCCUUUCGACGUCGAGAACUUUCUUUCAUAUUCCCCAGAUGAAUAUCCUCUGUUCCUUUUUUACGUAGAUUAUACCAAAUCACCGGUCAGUCAUUGUAUUUACUUGUUUCAUCGGAUCUGGUCUU